UUUCUUCUCUCUCUCUCUCUCUUCAUAGUUCCUAUGUACGUGCCUUUGCGUAUAUUUUACACAUAGACACGUAUGUAAAUAUGUAUCUGUGACUCCGCAAAUUUCUCAGUCUUUUGAUUUGGGUUUUUUUUUUAUUUGUUUUUUCUCACCUUUAGAUGUUGAAUUGGUGUUGAACUUUUUUUUUUCGUUUGAGGUGACUGAUGUGUUUGUUGUCUCUCUGUUUCUGCUAAGUCGUAGUAUAUAAAAUCAUCCUCUCUCUUUGUCUUUCUUGGGGGCUUGCCAUUAAAUUUUUAUCGGAUUUGUUGUUUUCGUUAUUUUGAUGAUCAAGUUACGAGUUUUAAGUGAUUUGUGACCAAUGGCCUUGGAUCAAUCUUUUGAAGAUGCUGCUGUACUUGGAGAACUCUAUGGAGAAGGUGCAUUUUGUUUCAAGAGCAAGAAACCUGAGACCAUCUCAGUCUCGGCUCCUUCUGAUGAUAAUGUUGAUGAUUCCAAUUUCGACUGCAAUAUCUGUUUAGACUCUGUGCAAGAACCUGUUGUGACUCUCUGUGGUCACCUCUUUUGCUGGCCCUGUAUUCACAAAUGGCUUGAUGUACAGAGUUUCUCGUCAAGUGAUGAGUACCAAAGACAUAGACAGUGUCCUGUUUGUAAAUCCAAAGUGUCUCAUUCUACUUUGGUUCCUUUGUAUGGCAGAGGCCGUUGCUCUACUCAGGAAGAAGGUAAAACCAGUGUCCCUAGAAGACCAUUGGGACCGGUUUACCGGCUUGAGAUGCCUUCUAGUGCCGACAUGCGGUUAUCAGAACGGGUUCAUUUCAAUAAUAGCACACAGGAAGGUUACUACCCUGUCUCAGGGGUGAUGAGUUCAAACAGUUUAUCAUACUCUGCUGUUUUGGAUCCAAUGAUGGUGAUGGUUGGAGAAAUGGUAGCUACGAGAUUGUUUGGAACACAAGUGAUGGAUAGAUUUGCAUAUCCGGAUACUUACAAUCUCGCAGGGACAAGCGGGCCGAGGAUGAGGAGGCGGAUAAUGCAGGCGGAUAAAUCGCUGGGAAGAAUCUACGUCUUCUUUAUGUGUUGUGUUCUUCUUUGUCUUCUCUUGUUUUAGGUUCUACUUCUUAUUGCUAGCUUGGUUUCUACUGUUCACUUUCUUCAAGUGUAAGAAAACAUAGUGGAAGAGAUGUACAUUUGUGUUGGAAACAAAUCAAAGUUGCUUAAUGUUGUGGAGUUUGUGUUGGGUUA